AGUGUGUGCUUCUGUGUCAGGCUCAGCGCUGGGGACCGACUGCUCUCUGGGGACCAGGACAGAUGGCGGACACCAGGCGCAUGGAGCAGAGCCCCGUGUCGGAGAUGCAGCCUUCACUCUAGCCCGGUCAUGGCUCCCAGCCUCUCAGCUGUGAGGCUCCAGAGGAGGAAAUGACUGCUCAGGGACCUCGCUCCAGACCGAGCUCGGAAACCCAGCCUGCGUAGGGCGCAGGGCGCGGACUCACUGAGGACAGGAACGUUGCUUUCUUGGAAGGGCUUUCCGUUCGUCACAAAGAGAAGAAAGAUGACGACCUCGUCCAUCCGACGGCAGAUGAAAAACAUUGUGAACAAUUACUCGGAGGCCGAAAUCAAAGUGCGGGAAGCCACCUCCAACGACCCGUGGGGCCCGUCCAGCUCGCUGAUGACGGAGAUCGCCGACCUGACCUACAACGUGGUGGCCUUCUCGGAGAUCAUGAGCAUGGUGUGGAAGCGGCUCAACGACCACGGCAAGAACUGGCGGCACGUGUACAAGGCGCUGACGCUGCUGGACUACCUCAUCAAGACGGGCUCCGAGCGCGUGGCCCAGCAGUGCCGCGAGAACAUCUUCGCCGUCCAGACCCUGAAGGACUUCCAGUACAUCGACCGUGACGGCAAGGACCAGGGCGUCAACGUGCGCGAGAAGUCCAAGCAGCUGGUGGCCCUGCUCAAGGACGAGGAGCGGCUGAAGGCCGAGAGGGCCCAGGCUCUCAAAACCAAAGAGCGCAUGGCCCAGGUGGCCACCGGCGUGGGCAGCAGCCAGAUCACCUUCGGCCGCGGCUCCAAGCAGCCCAACCUGUCCUCCAGCUACUCCGAGCAGGAGUACGGCAAGGCGGGGGGCUCGCCGGCCUCCUACCAUGGCUCGCCCGAGGCCUCGCUGUGCCCCCAGCACCGCACAGGGGCCCCGCUGGGUCAGAGUGAGGAGCUGCAGCCACUGAGCCAGCGCCACCCCUUCCUGCCGCACCUGGGGCUGCCCCCCCGCCCCAAUGGCGACUGGGCCCAGCCCUGCCUCACUUGUGACCGCGCAGCCCGAGCCACCUCCCCGCGAGUGUCCUCCGAACUGGAGCAAGCCCGGCCCCAGACCAGCGGCGAGGAGGAGCUGCAGCUGCAGCUGGCGCUGGGCAUGAGCAGAGAGGUGGCUGAGCAGGAGGAGCGGCUCCGCCGGGGCGAUGACCUCCGGUUACAGAUGGCCCUCGAAGAGAGCCGGAGAGACACGGUCAAAGUUCCGAAAAAGAAAGAGCACGGCUCCCACCCGCCGCAGACCACGCUGCUGGAGCUGAUGGACGCGCUGCCCGGCUCAGGCCCUGCUGCCCCGAAGGCGGAGCCCUGGGGCCUGGCGGCCUCGGCUAACCAGACCAACCCCUGGGGUGGACCGGCCGCUCCCGCGUGCCAAGCCAGCUGCCUCUGUGGACCCGUGGGGGGUGCCCUCCGGAGCUGGCGCACACUCGGUCCCCAAGAGCACGGAUCCUUGGGCGGCCUCACAGCCUCCUGCUCCUGGUGCUGGGAAGAUGACAGCUGACGCCUGGGGCGCACCCGCCACUGCCAAGCCCCUGCCCACCUCUGGGUCCUUCGACCUCUUCAGCAAUUUGAAUGGUACAAUUAAAGACGACUUUUCGGAAUUCGACAACCUUCGGACUUCCAAAAAGACAGCCGAGUCUGCGGCCUCUCUGCCAUCCCAGAACAAUGGAACUACAAGCCCUGACCCCUUUGACCCUCAGCCCCUGGCCGUCGCCUCAAGCAAGCCCAGCAGUGCCCGGAAAACGCCCGAGUCCUUCCUGGGCCCCAACGCGGCCUUGGUGAACCUGGACUCGCUGGUGACCAGGCCCGCCCCGCCGGCCCAGUCCCUCAACCCCUUCCUGGCACCAGGUCCAGCUGCCACCCCGGCCCCCGUCAACCCCUUCCAGGUGAACCAGCCGCAGCCGCUGACGCUCAACCAGCUGCGAGGGAGCCCAGUCCUGGGCACCAGCGCGUCCUUUGGGCCUGGCCCCGGGGUGGAACCCCUGGCCAUAGGCCCCAUGACCUCCACGGCCCCACACCCCGCUCUGGGGGCCAGCAGUUCCACUUUGCCACCCCUGGGUCCUGCCGCGAUGAACAUGGUGGGCAGCGUGGGUGUCCCCCCCACAGCUCAGGCCACUGGCACAACCAACCCUUUCCUUCUCUAGUGCCUGGGCUGGGGCCCGCCCCGAGGAAGCGCCCAGAGCACCUGCCGGAGGACAGACGCCGAGCAGGGACUCUCGUGUGGCAUGGCGCCUGAGCGUUUCAGGGUCGGGGUGCGAGGGCCCUUCGGUUCCAACCUCCUGAGCGGAGGGUUGUGCUCACAGCCCAACGCGCGAUCCCGGCGGCAGGUGGGUGGCCUCCCCUCCUGAGGCAGGCCCACUCCUGCCGGCCCUCCCCCUGCGUGCUCAGGUCCUGGGGGGGCCUCAGACAAGGAGGUGCCGUGUCAGUGUGGCCCUUGUCCUCGCCCCUACCCCCAGCCCUAGGGACACCCCAGGCAGUCCCAGGUGUGGACAGGAUGAAGCACCGGCUCCUAAUCCUAGACACUGACCUUUGGGGGAGUGGUUGUGUAUAUUUUCUUUUUCUUUGACUCGUGCGUGCGGUCAAAGUGAACACCACCGUGGACAACUCCUGAAUUAAAUCCACUAGAGCGAGCUUUAAACUAACCCGAGCGUAACCCUGCCACGUGGCUCCGGGCUUGUGUACGUUUGCACAUAUUUCGUUUUAGUACAGUUUCAUAUUUGAGUUUGCAGAAUUAUCUAAUAGUCUUUUUUUGGCUAAUAUUUUUAUAACGUGGUUCUUAUUUAACUGUCUAGUUUUGAUAGAAUUUACCAGGUCUGGCUGAAUUAAGAUAUUGGCACGUGUCAUUUUAGUGGUUUCGAUCCUCUUAUUUAUGGUUUUAACUCUAAGAAAAUUUUAAAAGGAGGAGAUGUUUGGAUGGCACACACACACACAAAAAUGCCUUAUGGAAACACUAAAAGCAAAUUCUUUAUAGGAAAUAAUAUGGGAAUUUGAUUACACAGAAAAGAUGAUGUUUAUUUAAAAAAAAAAAAUAAGAAAGAAAAACUAUAGCAGCAACAAAAACUCCUAGCCUCCGGUUGCCUUUUCCCUCCUCCGACUCCCUCUUCUGGUGAAUUUCUAAGCUGACUUUCAGCCUUUUUGGGUAGGUCCCGAGAGAGGCUGUUUUUCUUAUUGAAACCCCAACAUCUUGGAUGUUAAAGGAAAAAACUCUAAUGUAUGAAUGUGACUCACCCGUUUUCAUCAACUCAUUCCUUUUGUAAGUGAAAGGCGCGCAGGGAUUCACAGGGCCCUCUGUUUACAUCGGAACUGGGAAAUGGAAGACACCUUCACCUCCGUCCCUGCUCUCCUGUCUUAAUCCGCGCUCAGGCGAAGGGCAGGGACCGUGUGGAAGUGCACAUUGUCCUGGAGCGUGCCCACGGGUCCCCAGGCUGAGACGGGUGAAGGACCAGGGCCGGCCCUGAUCCACCUGCCUGCUAACUCCAGACACGUGUGGGCAGACUGAGGAGUCAUCGUCUCUCAUUUGGAGAUGGAGGAAAACAUCUUACAAGGAUAGAUUUUUAACAAACACGCACCAAUGUUGCCUCCUUGCAACCUCCUGUUGUCCUCACCCCGCCCACCACUGGAAAAAGAGUAUUAGGUCGACUAGCUUCUCCCAGGGAAGGGACAGGCCCCCGAGCCCCGGGUGUCCCUGGCUUGCUUGGCCCCUGGGACUUCUCACUCCUGCUCCAAGGGCAGCCAACCCCUUGCGGGCCCCGUGUGGCUCGGAGAGCUGCCCUCAGCAAGGAGAGACUAGACCCGCUGGGCUCCAGGAGGGCAGAGGCCCUGAGCGAGCUGCCCUCAUCCCAGCUGUCCUGAGGCUACUCUGGCCCAGAAGCCACCUGCCCGCUCCUGCCGAGCAACGAGGCCUGGGCUGGGCCUCUGGGCUCCCUGGCAUUCGGGAAGCGUGGUGGGCGCUCUUCCUGCCUGGGGAAGGGGCGGGCAGGACACUGGCCCAGGAAGGUGCUUUCCCUCAGAUGGGGUGGGCCCUGGACCAGCUUCACGGGCAGCGGCCCGGACGCCACUCCUGGGGGGAGAGUCCCUUGUAACAGACAGGAGCCCGCCUGACAUGACCAAGGCCCCAUCAUGACAGCCCCCGCCCUGCCGCCGGCCCAGGCCAUCCUGGGCCUGUGCACGACGUCCCUGCCACCCGCUGCACUGAUCAUGAAGCCACCGGCCGCUGCCACACGUGUCACGCAUGGGCUGCCGGGCCCCUUCCCGUGGGCACCGUCGGGGGGGAGGUCCCCGCUGCUCUCAGUCCUAGGGGUCGGUGGCUGGUUUUGAACUUGUGUUGACUGUUGAUACUUAUUUACUGUAUAAAUAUAAUUUAUCAUUUGUACCAUGA